AUGGCCAGAAGGGCAUAAAUUGGCAUGUGUCUGUGUGCAUUUACAAGGAUGAAAACUCAAAUUUAAAGCAUAGAACAUUCGCUCACAUGUUGGAUGGAGUGCGUCAAGACUGGUUAGCGGUUGCCUGUCUUUUGGAAGACACACUUCAUCAUGUGAAACUGCAACUUCCCAGUACAACAAGGGCAUUUAUUCGGAGUGAUAAUGCCGGGUGCUACCAUUGCGGCAAUCUAUGGCUUGCCAUACCAGGCAUCAGUAGGCGCACUGGAGUGUUCAUAGACCGCUACGAUUACAGUGAGGCCCAAAGUGGGAAGUCCUAUUGUGAUGCUAAAAUAGCCCACAUGAGAGGGAAGUUUAGCAAAGUUGUCGCAUCAGGAUAUAACAUCCUUACAGCAGCCAACAUGAAGUCUGCCAUAGACCUGUAUGAAGGAACAACUGGAUGUCAAGCAGCACAUGUUAAGCUCCAGGGAUUUCCUCCUUCUACAGCUAAGUGCCCAAUAAAGGGCAUAACCAAGAUUUCAAAUGUCAAGUUUGAACCAAAGCAUCUAACAACUUGGAGGGCCUUCAAUAUUGGCAUAGGCAAGCAGUUGCCUAUUGAACAUGAAAACAAUGACCUGGCAGAAUUAGAAAUUAUAUCUGAUUUUGUUUUGAAAUCUGGAUCAGUUGGGCACAUUCAAAACCCCAAAGAGAGCAAUGAUGUUGUUGAUUCUUCAGAUGAUCUUGCUUUUAAUUGUCCUGAAGCAGGAUGUACCCAGAUCUUCACAAGAUACAGCGACAUGCAAAACCAUUGCUUAAUUGGUAAUCACACUUACCAGCUCCAAGCAAGGUCAUCUUAUGAUGAUAUAAAAAUGAGAUGGAUGGAUGCAUGUUGUACACUAUCAGAAGAUACUCUGAAAUACUCUAAAACUGGAGAAGGGGUCACUGAGCAAGUGUGUGUGCAGUCUGAUAUGGGUUGGGCUUUGAAAAAAGAGAGAAAAAGUGCUAGAUUCUCAGAUGACUUGAAAUCAUAUCUUAGUGAUAUAUUCUUGCAAGGAGAAAGUAGUGGAGCAAAGGUACAUCCAUCAGUUGUCGCUAAAAACAUGAGAGUUGCUAAAAAUGAAAAUGGAGAAAAAAGAUUCAGUGCAAACCAAUAUCUGGCUGUUGGUCAAAUCUCAUCUUUUUUUUCAAGACUUUCUGCAUUGAAAAAAACAUCCUCCACAGAUAUCAGUGAUGAUGAUUUGGAUGCAGUUCUUUUGAACAUUGCUAAGGCCGAAACAGCUGCAGAAUUUCAGUAGGAUGGACAUAAUUGACUGAGAUAGAAACAUUACUCAUUUUGUGACAAGGACUGAAAUUGUUUGAUACAUACAUGUAUAUAACUUAUGCAAAGUGUUUUUAUUGUGACAAUAUCUGUAGAUUUUAAAAGAAAGCUGGGUGGUUAACACAUUACUCAUCAGCUCUUAGUAACCUUUAAUUUUUAGAUAUGACGUGCUAAGCUAAAGAAAAUCAUUAAAUUUCAGCUGGUGAACGUCAGUAUUUUUUUUAUAUCUUUAUAAAGAGCUCUGCCCUUUAAGAAUACCAGUGAAUACUAUCUUACAAUGACCUCAACCGUCCAGCCCUGUUAAUUCAUUCUUGUUUUAUGAUAACAUGGUAUCAUUUCAAUUGAAUUGAUGAAGUGUGUAAUGGGAUGAGGGGUGAGCAAAACUCCAUUUUUAACGAAUAAUCUACAUGAACAGUCUCUUCAGAUAUUAUGUACGAUAAUAAGUACAAUUAUUGUCUGAUAAUGAUUGCAUCGGUUGAGCAAUACACCACUGGGUAGUAAUUUAAAUACAAUGUACAUGUAAAAUUAAUACAUAAUUGAUACUUUGACCAAAAACCAUGCUGAUAUGUUGAACCCCAUGUAUUUUCAUAUGAAUAUCAUCCUCAUAGUUCCUACUUGCUGAAAUUCUCCUGAAGAACAAUUAAAUAUGGAAGCUCAAUUUAA